UAUGGUAGCCACAACAGCUGAGCGCGCCCCGGCCUGGAGCUGCCAAGCCCACGUGCUGCGCUAGAUCCCCGGGGCAGCCUGGCUUGCUUCCCGGCCGCCCUCGCCGGGCUGCUCUGUGAGCCAUGGGUGCGGCCCAGGAGGCCCAGGCCUGCCUCGCCUUCUACCGGGGGCUCGGGCGGAGGGAGUCGCUGCGGGAUCUCUGCCGGGCCGUGCUCGCCUUCCUGGAGAAGCUGGACUGGAGCAGUUCGCAGGUUUUGACCAUGACCCACAGCAGCCUCCUCGAUUUCAAAUUCAUGAUCCGGAGAAUUACUGGGAAAAGUGCCCUCAUUUCCUACAAUGCGUAUGGAUGCCACUGUGGACUGGGUGGGAGAGGGCAGCCUCUGGAUAAGACAGACUGGUGCUGUCAUGCCCAUGAUUGCUGCUAUAAGGAGUUAACCAACCAGAGCUGUCACCCAUUUUUUGAUGAUUAUCAAUACUCCAUCAUCAACGAAGACGUUAUGUGCUGGAAUACAACUAACUCCACCUGUGCAAAGCAAGCGUGUGACUGUGACCGGACAGCGGUCCUGUGUUUCAGAAAGGAAGCAAGCAGCUAUAACAAAGGAUACCGUUAUUACUUCAAUUUCUUCUGCAAAGGAUCUACCCCCAGUUGCUAAAUAAAGCUUUACUCGCCGUCUGGCUACAAAACA